AUGGGUGUACUUGGACUAGCUGCAGUGGUUGGUCUACUAACCUUUGUUUUGUAUUGGAUAGUCGGCCUUUAUAAGAGGUCGGCCAAGUAUGGGGCUAAAAUACAAGGUCCUACGAUUGCACCAGUCAUCGGGAACUUGCAUCAGUUUAGGUAUAAGCCUGAUGGUAAGAGUUAAUUUUGAAAUUUUGGAAAAUUUUUUAUAUUUCGAAAAUUAUUUUUAAAUUUUAAAAUUUUGAAAAAUUUUUAAAAAAUUGAUGUUUUGCCAUUUUAAAAUGUAACUGUUUGUAAUUUUCAGUUAAAAAAAUAAAUUUUCAGAGUUCUUUGAGCAAGCCCAAGGCCUUGGCUACAUGCUAAAAGGCCAAACUGAACGGAUAUCGGCCGUUUAUCUGGGUCCAGUCAUGUUCAUCAUGAUAUAUGGAGCAGAAGAGUGUGAAGCAGUGCUUGGAGGACAAAAAACGUUGACCAAAAUGUUUCACUACAACUUUCUGACACCUUGGAUUGGGCAGGGAUUACUUAUUAGGUAAGUAUUUACCUCAUUUUACUGUUCUUUGCCAUAGCUUUAGCCCUAGCCUUGACCCUAGCCUUGGCCCAAGCCUUGGCCCUAGCCUUGGCUCUAGCCUUGGCUCUAGCCUUGGCCCUAGCCUUGGCCCUAGCCUUAGCCUUGGCCCUAGCCUUGGCCUUAGCCUUGGCCCUAGCCUUGGCCCUAGCUUUGGCCCUAGCCUUGGCUUUCGCUUUAGUUCUAAUCCUAGUCAUAGUCCAAGCUUAAGCCCAUGCUCUAGUACUAGCCUUAGCCCUAGCUUUAACUCUGGUCCUAGCUUUAGCACUACUACUAUCGUUCCUUGCCUCUUUAAGGCUUACUCAACUCAAAGCUUUUACUGUUAUAUACUUUGCACUAGUUCUAGUCUCAGCCCGGUUCUUUCUCCUAGCUUCAGCCCUUUUUGAUACCUUGUCAUUACAUCAAGUUUAUCAAAAAAAAUUUUGCAAAUGACAUAACUUUUUGACAUAACUAGAUAGCCUUAGAGGAAUUGCAAGAAACCGUAUUACGUAACGUUUUCUAAUGUAAUAUUAUGGUUUUAUCUAAUAUCUGCCUCGAUGUAAAACGACCCAACAAAUGACUGCGAGUGCUGGGGUUUGGCUCUAUUUUACUGCGAGGGACGGGUUUUAUCGGCUGUAAAUUAAACAGUAAAGUAAACCUGUUAGGCCCAAGAUUUUUUACGGUUUACUAAUGCUAAGCUAGUCUUAAGUUUGCUAAGCUUAAGUUUAGUUAUUCAAGCAUACUAAGCCUCAGCUUUCUAUUCACACUUAACCUAAGACUAAUAAGUCUAGGUCUACCAAAGCUUAAAUUUGCUUGUAAUGGGAGGCUGAUUUAGCCUAAGCUUACUAAGCAUAAGCCUUCUAAGCCUAAGCCUUCUAAGCCUAAGCCUUCUAAGCCUAAGCCUUCUAAGCCUAAGCCUUCUAAGCCUAAGCCUUCUAAGCCUAAGCCUUCUAAGCCUAAGCCAUCUAAGCCUAAGCCUUCUAAGCCUAAGCCUUCUAAGCCUAAGCCUUCUAAGCCUAAGCCUUCUAAGCCUAAGCCUUCUAAGCUUCUUCUAACUUCUAGAUCUUAGCUUAUUAAGGUGUAACUUUAUUUUUAUAUAGGAUCUAAUUUUCAAUGUUACAGUAAGCCGAACAAAUGGCGUCCUCGCCGUAAACUGCUCACUCCCACCUUUCACUAUGACAUUCUGAAAGACUUUGUCCAAGUUUACAAUCGACAUGCAGCCACAUUACUGAGUAAAUUCGACAAAAUCGCCGAGUCCGGAGAGUUUACCGACGUUUUUCAUACGAUUACAUUGUGCACAUUGGACAUCAUUUGUGAAUCAGCACUGGGUUGCAACAUUCAUGCUCAAGACAAGGUGCACAGCGAGUAUUUGGAUGCGGUGUUUAGGUAUGGUUUUGAUGUUUUUGGUGUUAUUGAUAGGUUUGAAAAGAGGGCUUUUAUGACGUAGGAUAAUGUGUAGUGACUUUCUUAAGCGAGGUGGAUAUUGUGGAAAGGUAGGUGUAAGAUUUUGGGCAUAAUAAUAUUUUGGGCAGGGUAAAAUUUUUGUGCAUGAUAAACUUUUGGGCAUGGUAAAAUUUUGGGCAGAGUAACAAUUUUGGGCGGAAUAAAAUUUUUGGCAUGGUAAAAUUUUGGGCAGGGUUAACAUUUUAGUAAGGGAAAACAAUGGGAUAGGAUUUUGAGUAAUGGAAAAUUUUGGGCAUGGCAAAAUUGCUAGCAAAGCUAAAGUUUGGGUAGGGUAAAAUUUAAAAUGGCAAAAAUUUACCUUACAUAAAAAUGGUAAAUGUAUAUGCGCCCGAUCCAAAAAGAUCAAGCAUUCCAAAAUUUUUAAUUUCCUGCCUCAUUUGCAUGAGCUGAACCAAGUACCAACCUUUGUUGGACUAUAAUAAGUCAAUGAAACCAAAUCUCUCGUUGCCGUAUAUAAAAUCAAAAGUUGUCUUUUGAUUGGGUUUCCUCGAAAACACAAAGAGAGCUCUCCCGGAAAAGAAGAGAGCUCCCUUCUUUUCUCUCUUUCUCUGACCGCUCUCUCUGUUUGCUCUGGUUUCUCACUGAUUUUAGGGGUUUUUGGUUUUAUUUGGGAAAUAAAUGGAAAUUUAGGUAAUAAUUUAGAUUAAAAUGGCAUUUUGGGGGUAGAUAAAGAUUUUUCUUAACCCAAAAAAGGGAAAAAUUUUCGAAAACUAUUUUUAAUGGCAUUACCUUUAAGAAUGAAGUACAUCAUCCACCAACGUCAAGUCAAACCCUUCUACUACCCCGACCUUCUCUGGAACACGAUUGGCUAUGGUCGGGAAGAGAAGAAACUGGUCGACAUCCUCCACAACUUUACCGGUCGAGUGAUAAAGGAGAGGAAAGAAGCGGUCGAAAAAGCUGGCGGGGUCCAAAAGUUGUUGGACGAAGAGCGGAUGAGUGGUCAUUCUAAAAUGGCAUUUUUGGACUUGAUGUUGGACAUGGUCGACAAAGGACAAUUGGACAUGGACGGGCUUCAGGAAGAGGUCGAUACCUUCACUUUUGAGGUAGGCGUGGGUUUUUUGAAAAUUUUGGGUUUUAUAAAAAAAUUUUUUUUAUAAUUUUUUUGAAAAAAAAGUACUUAAAAAAAUUUUUUUUGCAAUUUGUUUUUCUCUAGGGCAUUUAAAAAAUUUUUUUAAGCUUUUUAGAAUAUUUUUAAAAAUUUUGAAAUUUUGAAAUAUUUUAUUUUACAUAAAAAACCAAAGGUUUUGAACAUAAUUUUAUAAGAAAAACCUUUAUAUAGACCCAAAAUGCCAUUUUAGGCUAAAUUAUUACUUACAUUUCCAUUUAUUCACCAAAUAAAACCAAAAAAAACCUAAAAAUCAGUGAGAAACCAGUGCGAAAAGAGAGAGCGGUCAGCGAAAGAAAGAAAAGAUGGGAGCUCUCUUCUUUUCCCAAAGAGCUCUUUGUGUUUUGGGGAAACCCAGUCGAAAGACAAGUUUUGAUUUUAUUAUAUAAAGAAAGGAAAGAUUUGGUUUCUUUGACUUAGAAAAGUCCAAUUGAGGUUCGUACUUGAUUCAGCUCAUGCAAAUGUGGCUGAAAAUUAAAAAUUUUGGAAUGCUUGAUCUUUUGGAUUGGGCGGAUAAAUUUGGGGUGGUAAUUCUAUUGUUUUGUAAAGAAAGUUCUUGCCAUUUUAUGCUUUGUAAAGAAAGUUCUUGCUAUUUGUGUUUUGUAAAGAAAGUUCUUGUCAUUAUUUGUUUUGUAAAGGAAGUCCUUGCUAAGCAUUAUAACAAAACAAGAAUUUUAGGGCCAUGACACAACCUCAGCAGCGAUGAACUGGUUCCUCCACCUGAUGGGCAACCAUCCCCAAAUCCAAGCUCGAGUUCAGAAAGAAGUUGACGAGGUUUUGGGCGUGGAUCGCGAGCCGACUUUUGAAGAUUUGGGAAAGUUGAAGUAUUUGGAAGCUUGUUUCAAGGAAACACUGAGACUCUACCCUUCAGUACCAUUGUUUGCACGACAAAUGACUGAGGAUACGAAAGUUCGUAAGUUAUUUUUGUUUAUAUAGUCCUAUUCUACCUUACCCAUUUUUUGCUUAUAGUUAAAUUACUUACGUGACUAAAAUUUCAACCUGCCCAAAGUUUUACUCUGACGAAAAUUUGACCCUGUCCAGAAUUUUACACUGCCCAAAAUUUUACUCUGCCUUAUAUUUUACCCUGCCUAAAAUUUUACAUGCCCAAAGUUUUACCUUGCUUAAAUUUUUAUCCUGCCCAAAAUUUUACCUUGUCCAAAAUUUUGCCAUCUCCACAUUUUUAACACUCCUAUACUUUUUCCCUGCCCAAAAUUUUACCCCGCCUUUACUUUUGUGUAAAUUUUUAAAAAAUGCCAUUUUUUAGUCAUAUUAACCUUCAUAUUACUUAUUUUUGCCAUUUUAGACAACCACAUUCUGCCAAAAGGCACCGGAGUAGUAAUAAUGCCAGCCAUGGUGCACAAAGACGAGCGUUUCUGGCCCAAUCCAGAAGUCUUUGAUCCAGAGAGAUUUGUGGAUUCUGAAUUAAAACAUCCUUACGCUUAUAUCCCAUUCUCGGCUGGGUCUAGGAAUUGCAUCGGUGAGGAAAGGGUGUGGUAGAGGAGUCUUUAGGGUUAGGGUAUGGUAGGGUGUUUUUACUGUUAAGAUAGGGUAGGGCGUUUUUAGGGUUAGGGCGUGGUAGGGUAAGGGUUUUUUAGGGUAAGGGUAGGGUUUUUUCAUUGUUAAGAUAGGGUAGGGUAGAUUAGUAGUUAUAGGGUUAGGGCAGGGCAUGGGAAGACAGGGCAGGGUUGAGAGAUAAUUUUGAGGUUAGGGAGGAGGGGUUUUUGGGUAGGGUAAAAAUUUGGAUAAUGUAAACUUUUGGAACGGGGUAUCAUUUGGGCUUGGUAAAAGUACGGGUAGGGUAGGGUAGGAUAAAAUUUUAGGGUAUGGUAACAUUUUGGGCCGGGCAGGGUGGGGUAGGAUAGAGCAGAGUAGGGUAGGGUAUGGUAGGGUAGGGUAGGAUAGGGUAGGGUAGGGUAGGGUAGGGUAAAAUUUUAGGGUAUGGUAACAUUUUGGGCCGGGCAGGGUGGGGUAGGAUAGAGCAGAGAAGGGUAGGGUAUGGCAGGGUAAGGUAGAUAGGGUAGGGUAGGGUAGGGUAGGGUCGGGUAGGGUUGGGUAGGGUCGGGUAAAGUAGCUCAGACAAUAAAAAAUGGCAAUAACUUUCUUUACAAGGCCUAAAAUGGAAAAAAGUCCAAAAUUUAAAAUUUUAUGAAGAAACUUUGGUUCCAGGCCAGCGCUUCGCGAUGAUGGAAGAGAAAUGCGUGAUCGCCCAGAUAAUGCGUCGCUUCCGUGUGACAUCCAAGUUAAAAACGCACGAAAUGCGAGUCGCGGCCGAGCUUAUCAUUCGGCCAAUGUACGGAAAUCAUGUUAAUUUUGAGCGACGCAGCUUUGGCGACUACACUUUGAUCUCGAAUUAG